AUGAAAAGAAGUGAAAACAGAGUUAAGUCCAUUGAAAGUCUGUGGAUCUUUGUUUACAAAGAGUUGUUGUCAUGGAAACCAGCAUGGAUGGCCCAUCUGUGUGCAAUACCCCUCCAUCGCAAAAAGAAGAAAGACAAGGAUAGCGAGAGCGGUGAUGAUAAGCUGAAAGACUCAGCAAAGAAACGCAAGUUAGCCCUCAAGCGACAACGAAAGAAAGAAAAAGAGAAAAAGAGGCGAAAUAUCAGAUCAAUUUUACGUGAUGAUCAACUGGAGGCUGAAACUUUAGCUGCCCAGAAUGAAGAAAUGGAGAGACAGCGUCGUUUGCAAGAGUUAAAAAAGCAAAUGCAACAGAAAGUUGUUGUAAAACCUGAAGAGAAAGACUCACAAUUAAAAUCGUUGCUGCAAGGUGAUUGUCCGUCCGAUGCUUUUUAUUUAGGAUCUGACCAAAUUGCUGCUGAAGACACUGCCAAGCAGUAUGCUAAGGAUGAUGUCAUCCUACUUGACAGUGGUGAUGAAAACAAGAAAAAAGUUUUGACAGAUAUUAUUGAACUUAGUGAUGAUGAUGAUGUGGUGAUGAUAAAAAGUGAUGAAGAGCCAGAAGAGGAGGAGGAGGAAGAAGAGGAAGAAGACAUGGACAAUGUUGGUACGCAUAUCAAUGACUCUAUGAACCAGAAAGAUGAACAAGGACGAGUCCUUAUCAAUAUUGGCCACCCUGAAGGUGAUCCUGAUGUAUUCUUAGCAUCACAAAUUGCUGAAGUGAUCAAACCACAUCAGAUUGGUGGAGUAAGGUUCUUAUAUGACAACGUCAUAGAAUCUCAGAGCCGUUUCAAAACUAGCAGCGGAUUUGGAUGCAUUUUAGCACACAGUAUGGGUCUAGGCAAAACUAUCCAACUGAUUGGUUUCAUUGAUAUUUUUUUGCGCUUUACUGAAGCUCGCUCUGUCUUAUGUAUUGUACCAAUCAACACCUUACAAAACUGGUUAGCUGAAUUUAAUAUGUGGUUACCGGAAAAGCCACCAGAGGAUACAGAAGACGAUGAUGAUGAUGAGAAUAUGAUGUUCCGAAAUUUUAGACUGUUCGUAAUCAAUGACAAUCAUAAAACAACAUUAGCCAGGGCAAAAAUUCUUGAUGAGUGGAGUCGUGUUGGUGGUGUUCUUCUAAUGGGUUAUGAAAUGUAUCGACUUUUGGUGACCAAAAAAUGUACUUUUGCCCCAUCACGGAGAAGAAAGAAAAAUACUGAACCUAUUGUUAUAGACAUUGAAGAGGAAGAUAUGAACAAAAAAUUGCAUUUAGGAAUUCAAAAAGCGCUGGUUAAUCCUGGCCCUGAUUUGAUUGUCUGUGACGAGGGUCAUCGAAUUAAAAACAGUCUUUCUGGAGUGGCACAAUCUUUGAAGAAUAUCAGAACCAAAAGAAGAGUUGUCUUGACAGGCUACCCACUCCAAAAUAAUCUUCUUGAAUAUUGGUGCAUGGUAGACUUUGUUCGACCCAACUACCUUGGUACAAAAGCAGAAUUCUGCAACAUGUUUGAACGUCCUAUAAUGAAUGGGCAGUGUGUUGACAGUACACGGGAAGAUGUCACAUUAAUGAGAUACCGAGCGCAUGUCUUGCACAGUUUGUUGCAGGGAUUCAUACAAAGAAGAGGACAUUCAGUUUUACAGUAUAGCUUACCUCCAAAGCAAGAGCAUGUAUUUAAUAUUCGCAUGUCAGAUGUUCAGCGUAAACUCUACAAGAAAUUCAUGGAAUGUAUUUCUGAUUGUGAAAUGGGUAUGUGGGCCAGCUACAAUCCAUUGAAGGCUUUUUCUACAUGUUGUAAGAUUUGGAAUCAUCCUGACGUCAUGUGGAGAGUUAUUCAGCAGCAAAAGAGUCUGGCAGAAGAUAAUGAUUUAGAUUUUGAACCAGAUGGCAAAGUGAAUGGUGUUCAACAAUCAGGUGGCAAAAGAAAAAGUAAGUCUGGUACAGGCCGGUCAUCCCAGUCUCACCAAGCCUGCAAUAAAAGAUCUCAGUCACAUACGGAGAGCAACAAUUCUUCUUCCCGUAAUUCAAAUGUUAACUGUUGUAGCUCAAAUGUGAACAAUUGUGGAGGCCCUAACAAUAGCAGUUGCUCUAGCGGAGUCACCAUGAACAGCUGUGGUAACAGUGGCACAGGUAGUGGCUCUAAUUCGUGUGGUAGCCCUGGAAUGAACAGCUGUAGCAGUCCGAACAUGAACUCUUGUGCUGGUCCCUGCAACAAUGCCAAUCUCAAUACAGGAAUGGGCAACGCUAGUGUGAAUACAUGUGCCCAACAAACUACCAGCACGGUCAGCACUGGAACCAAUUCUUGCAGCCAAGGUGUACAAGCAAAUGUCCAAACGGACAAAAGAAGUGAUGUUCUUUCUUUGGAUUGGGUUUCUGAAGUAAUGAAGGAAUAUACACCAGGACUUUUGGAAAAUGGUGGGAAAAUGGUAUUACUGUUCAGUUUAAUUGAAGAAUCUCUGAAAAUAGGUGAUAAACUGUUAGUCUUCAGCCAAAGUCUAACCACAUUGAAUGUUAUUGAGGAUUUCCUUAGCAAAACUGCAGUACCUCGACCAGAUAUGAAAGAAAAAUGGUGUAAAAACAGAAAUUAUUUUAGAUUGGAUGGAAGUACAUCUGCUGCUGAACGAGAAAAGCUAAUUAAUCAAUUUAAUGAUCCUGACAACAGUAGGGUUUGGUUAUUCCUUCUUUCAACCAGAGCUGGUUGUUUAGGAAUCAACUUAAUCGGAGCAAACAGAGUUGUGAUAUUUGAUGCUUCCUGGAACCCAUGUCACGAUUGUCAGGCAGUAUGCCGUGUAUAUCGUUAUGGCCAGGAGAAGAAAUCUUAUAUUUAUCGACUGAUUACAGAUAACAGCUUAGAGAAGAAGAUAUAUGACAGACAGAUAAACAAACAAGGAAUGUCUGAUCGUGUUGUUGAUGAAUUGAAUCCUGAAAAUCAGUUUACUCGGCAGCAAGUAGAUAGUUUACUUCAUUAUGUCGAUCAAGAUCUUCCUGAAGUGAAUAUAAAGGAUCUUGAGGACUAUACAGAUCCUGUGAUGAAAAAUGUACUUAGUUCUCAUGGCAAGUGGCUGACUAAGGAACCUUUUACACAUGAAUCUUUGUUGCUUGAUCAAAAAAGUCUUCGCCUCACCAAGAAAGAGAAGCAACUUGCUAAGCAAGGCUAUGUGAUGGAAAAGAAAAUGAAUCUUAGCUACAACCGACAGUCUUACUCUGUGUAUUAUCCAAAGCCAGGACAGGCAACAUACUACACCACUAAUGCACCUUGGCCUAACAAUUUCCAACCAGGAGAACGCCCUGUUGCCAGUGUGAAGCCAAUCAUAUCUACACCUGUGCCAAUGCCCCUGCCCCAUGUGAACUUCCCACUUAACCAAAUGCUUCGAUCCACUAUGCCAGGUCAGCAGGUAAAAGUUGUGCGACCUGGAGUAUCAGUGCAUCAAAUUGUAACCACAACAGAUAUCAUGCUUCCUGGCUCCAACAAUAAUUCUUCAUACCCAGAUGUCAUCCCGGCUGGUCAGCAAAUCCAUGUUAUUAAAACACCACGCGGUGUAUAUAUUCGCACCAACAAGGGCAAGAUCUUUGCUGUUCGCUCGAAACCUGUUAACUCGACAGUUGGCACUAAUACUGGCAAUGGCAGCAGCAGCAGCACCAGCACCAAUACCACCAGCAGUGCAACUAUCAUAACUGUCACCACAGCUAGUAGUAAUACUACUACUACUACACCAUCCAGCAAUGCUUCUGGAACCACACAACUGACAUUCCUGGAUAACCGAACAAGCAGCCAGGUAACGUCUAACAGCAACAACAAUGCCAGUAACAACACUACCACUACCAACACCAACAACAUCUCUGCAACCACAACCAUGACCAGCAGCAGCAACAGCACAAGUGGGUCUACCAAUUCUGCCUAUCCUGAAUACCUGAACUAUCUGCGCUCCCUGAAGCCAUCAUUCCAGCCAAAUUAUCAGCUGCUUGGUAACAACAUUGGUGGCACAGGCAACAGUGGCAACAAUUUCAGCAACCAACUUCUCUCCCCUCACAUGAUGCAAUCAACCCCAACCCAAAGCUCCUUUCUCCCUUCUUCCUCGUCUUCAUCAUCAUCUUCUCGCCAGCUUGGCUCCCAGCCACUGCCGGCCCAUCCCCCUCACCCACCAAAGCCAAUUUCUAUUCAAAAGGACAAUGACAUUUACAUUAUCAGUGAUGAUGAGGGCAAGGUAGACAGUGAGCCGGACAUAGUUGGCAGUAACAACAGCAGUGGACUCAGUGCUGCUGGUAGCAACUGCAACAGACUCUCCUCUCUCCUGCCACAAACCUCCUCUUCCUUGGAACUGUCAGCUCUGAUUGGCGACACAUCCUUGCAGAGCAGCAGUGCUCCAAGUAGCGGUGGUUCAGCAGUACAGUCCUCUUUCAGUUGCAACUCGUUAUCAAACAUAUCACCCUCUCCCCUCAGUCAAGUCUUGCAGUCCAGUAACAGUGCCACUGGCAACCCUGCUAGCUGUACUCCCAAUACUGAGCUGCCAAAUCGUUCUACGUUCUCAUCAGUCCCACAAGCACCCCCGCUUCAUCAUCACCAGCAACAGCUUCAACCAUCACUCUCUGCUAGUAUUACCAACUCUGGUUUGUCCACCCCUCCUAGUAACCUUAAUCUCUCGCCUUCAAAUUUCAGUUCAUCACUAUCCAGUCUCCCACCACCACCACCACCACCACCACAGCAGCAGCAACAACAACAACAACAAAGUCUCUACAACAUGCCCAACUUCAACUAUGGUUAUAUGCUACCUCAAACCAUGAUGAUGUCCAACAACGGAACUUCGUCAACCGGCAAUUCAGGCUAUCAUCCACUUGCCAAUACUUCUUCAGUCAUGAAUCAGCCCCUAAUGAAGAAUAACCAUCUGGGCAAAAAUCCCUCAGGGACCAAUUUACCAAGCAGCAACAACACAGACCCAAACCUGACUUCACUGCAGCAGGUUCACCCAUCAAGUUCCUUACUCUCACCCCCAGAUCACCACCCUCAUCCACUUCACCAGCAGCUUAAUGAGCCAAAUGAUUUGGCCAAACAACCACCAAAUAUUGGACUGGGCCCAUCUCCCAUCUUGACGCUUCCUAGCCUUUCAAUGAGCCCUGAUCUUACUCACCCAACAUCCAAUCAAAUCUAA